AUGUGGAAAAAAUGUCUGCUGUGGUCUCUUCAGAUGAGCCUCCUUGGAGCCACUUUUGGUGGGAACAUUCUCAUUUGGCCCAUGGAAGGCAGUCAUUGGCUAAACGUUAAGAUAAUCAUAGAUGAGCUCAUUAACAAAGAACAUAACGUGACUGUCCUAGUGGCCUCUGGCGCACUUUUCAUCACACCAACAACUAACUCAUCUCUGACAUUUGAAAUCUAUCAAGUGCCGUUUGGCAAGGAAAGAAUAGAAGGAGUGAUCAAGAAUUUUGUUUUGACGUGGCUGGAGAACAGACCAUCUCCUUCAACCAUUUGGAAAUUCUAUCAGGAGAUGGCCAAAGUCAUUGAGGACUUCCACAUGGUGUCUAAAGAGAUCUGUGAUGGUGUUCUGAAAAAUGGGAAGCUGAUGGCCAAGCUGAAGAAAGGGGCGUUUGAAGUGCUGCUCUCAGAUCCGGUAUUUCCUUGUGGUGACAUUGUAGCUUUAAAGCUGGGGAUCCCAUUUAUCUAUUCCUUGAGAUUUUCCCCUGCAUCCACAGUGGAAAAGCACUGUGGGAAGGUACCAUACCCUCCUUCCUAUGUUCCUGCAAUCUUAUCAGAACUCACGGACCAGAUGUCGUUCACUGACAGAGUGAGAAAUUUCAUCUCCUACCAUCUCCAGGACUACAUGUUUGAAACUCUUUGGAAGCCAUGGGAUUCCUAUUACAGUAAAGCCUUAGGGAGACCCACUACAUUAUGUGAGACAAUGGGCAAAGCUGAAAUUUGGCUCAUGAGGACAUACUGGGAUUUUGAGUUUCCUCGUCCAUACUUACCUAAUUUUGAGUUUGUGGGAGGACUGCACUGCAAACCUGCCAAACCAUUACCUAAGGAAAUGGAAGAAUUUGUCCAGAGCUCAGGGGAACAUGGCAUUGUGGUGUUUUCUCUGGGGUCCAUGGUCAAAAACCUCUCAGAACAAAAGGCCAAUCUCAUUGCCUCUGCCCUCGCCCAGCUUCCCCAGAAGGUUUUGUGGAGAUACAAAGGACAGAAACCAGCCACACUGGGAUCCAAUACUCAGCUUUUUGAUUGGCUCCCCCAGAAUGACCUUCUUGGACACCCCAAAACCAGAGCUUUCAUCACCCACGGUGGAACCAAUGGGAUCUAUGAAGCCAUUUACCAUGGGGUCCCUAUGGUGGGGGUCCCCAUGUUCGCUGACCAGCCUGAUAACAUCGCUCACAUGAAGGCCAAGGGAGCCGCCGUGGAGGUGAACCUGAACACCAUGACAAGUGCAGACUUGCUGGGGGCCCUGAGGACAGUCAUCAAUGAGCCUUCUUAUAAGGAGAAUGUCAUGAGACUAUCCAGAAUUCACCAUGACCAGCCAAUGAAGCCCCUGGACCGUGCAGUCUUCUGGAUCGAGUUUGUCAUGCGUCAUAAAGGGGCCAAGCACCUCCGGGUGGCAGCCCAUGACCUCACCUGGUUCCAAUACCACUCUCUGGAUGUGCUUGGGUUCCUGCUGACCUGUGUGGCAGCUGCUAUAUUCCUGGCUGCAAAAUGUUGUUUGUUUUUUUGUCUAAAAUUUGGUAAGAUUGGAAAGAAGAAAAAAAGAGACUAG